AUGAAGUUGGUUGCGAGUGUCAAAGCCUCCUGGCAAACAUUGGUGGUGUUGCUAACACCGAUCGCCUUGUGUCCUUUGGUAUUUCCAUUUUCGGACACAUCAUUGGAGUCCAGAUGUGCUUGUCUGAUGGUACUGAUGGCCGUCUUCUGGAUCACAGAGUCGCUUCCCCUGCCGUUGACAUCGUUGCUUCCAAUAGCUUUGUGUCCGCUGCUAGGUAUUGCCUCUUCUAAGCAGAUGUGUGCCGUGUAUUUUGCGGAAACAACUUUCCUGGUGUUGGGAGGGUUCAUUGUUGCAAUUGCCAUAGAAGAAUGCCAACUUCACAAGAGGCUGGCUCUCAAAAUCUUGAUCAUCAUGGGCGUGGAGCCCCGGAGAUUGAUGCUGGGAGUGAUGCUGACCACAGCUUUCCUCUCCAUGUGGAUCAGCAACACGGCCACGACCGCCAUGAUGCUAACCAUUACCAGGGCACUGCUGCUGAAACUGCUCACGGCCUACAAGGCCACACAACGACGACUCACACUGGACACU